AUGCUCAAUUGGGAAGAAUGGUCAGUCAAUAAUCAAAGUGGAAGUGAGGGGUUCACUUUGCUUCAAGAGCUUUACAUAGAAAAUUGUCCUAAACUGAUUGGUAAGUUACCCGGCAACCUUCCUUCCUUGGAUAAGUUAGUGAUCACUUCAUGCCAAACUUUAAGUGAUACCAUGCCAUGUGUCCCAAGAUUAAGAGAAUUGAAGAUCAGCGGUUGUGAAGCAUUUGUUUCCUUAUCCGAGCAAAUGAUGAAAUGCAAUGAUUGUCUUCAAACAAUGGCCAUCAGUAACUGCCCAUCUUUGGUCAGCAUCCCUAUGGAUUGCGUCUCAGGGACGCUUAAAUCUCUUAAAGUAUCUGAUUGUCAGAAAUUACAACUAGAAGAGUCUCACUCCUAUCCUGUCCUUGAGAGUUUAAUCUUAAGAAGUUGCGAUUCUCUCGUAUCUUUUCAAUUGGCUUUAUUUCCAAAGCUUGAAGAUCUUUGCAUAGAAGAUUGUAGCAGUCUCCAGACCAUUUUAUCUACUGCAAACAAUCUUCCAUUUCUUCAAAACUUGAACUUGAAAAAUUGCUCAAAACUGGCUCCGUUUUCUGAGGGAGAGUUUUCUACAAUGACAUCACUUAAUUCUCUUCAUCUUGAGAGUCUUCCUACACUCACUUCACUAAAGGGCAUCGGAAUCGAACACUUAACCUCUCUUAAAAAGCUGGAGAUAGAGGAUUGUGGUAACCUUGCCUCUCUACCAAUAGUCGACUCCCUUUUCCAUCUAACUGUCAAAGGAUGCCCGUUAUUGAAAUCGCAUUUUGAAAGGGUCACCGGAGAAUACUCGGACAUGGUGUCUUCCAUACCCUCUACUAUUAUUGAACCUUAG